AUGCGUGUGAAGAAGUUAGAGAAUGAAAAUCAAGAGUUGGUGAAAAAGAUUGAUGCUGAUCAAUCAGAAAUUGAUAUCUUGAAGGUUAAAGUUGCUGAACUUGAAGAAGAAAAGGCUAGACGUGAUGAACAGAAUGAAUACUUUAAGUUGAAGAACAAAGAAUUUGAAGCAGCCAAAGCAUUAAGAGAUCACGAGUUCUAUAUGCUGAACAAAGUUGUUGAAAGCAUGCUUGGAACAUCGUUAGAACAAAAGUUUGAAGAGCUGCAGGUUGAAGAGCUCAGAGCUGAACGUCAAGCCAAAAUAGACGAGCAAAUGAAAGACAAAGGUAAGGGAGUUGAAGGUAGUUCAGCUGUGACUGAAAGAUCGAUAGUACCUUCUAUGGUGGUUGAUAAUCCUGGACCUAUCACUGCAAUAUCUGGUUUGUUUGAGGAGGAAACACAUCUUGAAGAGUUGAUGGAUGAUGAUGAUGAUGAUGAUGAUGAUGACGACGCUGCAGGUGGUACAGGUUUGAAAGUAAAUGAAGAAUCAGGGGAAGCAAGUGGAAAGGGGGAGUCUAGUAAAACUCCGAUCGUUGAACAUACGGAAAAGUUAAUCUUGGGAUUAGAUGUUUACAGAGAAAUGAUGCAUACUGUGGAUCCGGAGUUCAAGUUUGAUUUUGAAGAAGAUUUGGAGUCUUUUGAUAUCAAUCAACAGCCUGAAUACACGUAUAAGUAUGUUGAAGAGGCUGAUAAGUAUGAUCGAGUUGAGAUUGAAGAUUGGACGGAUGAUGAAGAUGUAGUUGAAGAUACUUCUAAGUUUCCUACACUGAUGGAGUUCUUUGCUGAGGAAAAUAGAGAAGAAUUAAGAUAA